UGAGGGUUCUCGAUUUGGGCCCUGAUUCCAGCCCCGGCGGGGGUGGGGGCUGCAAGGAGAAGGCGCUGAGGAACCCCUACAGGGAGGAAUGUCUUGCUAAGGAGCAGCUCCUACAGGGGCAGCAUCCAGAAGCUGCCCAGCCUGGCCAGGUGCCCAUGAGGAAAAGACAGCUGCCUGCUUCCUUCUGGGAAGAGCCGAGGCCCACCCACAGCUACCAUGUGGGGCUGGAGGGGGGACUGGGCCCCAGGGAGGGACCUCCCUACGAGGGUAAGAAAAAUUGCAAGGGCUUGGAGCCCCUGGGACCUGAGAUUGUCCCAGUGCCCAUGUCUCCGAGGGCCCUGGCUGAAAAGGAGCCACUCAAGAUGCCUGGGGUCUCCCUGGUGGGCCGCGUCAAUGCCUGGAGUUGCUGCCCCUUCCAGUACCAUGGACAGCCCAUCUACCCGGGCCCGCUGGGGGCCCUGCCUCAGAGUCCUGUCCCCAGCCUGGGCCUGUGGAAGAAGAGUCCAGCCUUUCCUGGGGAGCUGGCGCACCUCUGCAAGGAUGCGGACGGCCUGGGGCAGAAGGUGUGCAGGCCUGUGGUGCUGAAACCCAUUCCGACCAAGCCGGCCGCGCCCCCACCCAUCUUCAAUGUCUUUGGCUACCUCUAGCCGGGCCGAGAGGGCCUCAGCCCCCACCUCUGGCCCGCAGGAGUGUCGAGGUCCCUGAGGUGCUCUCCUGUGAGGAGGUGGCUGGGCCACAGUGUGGCCUCUUCCAUUUGUGUGCGUAUGGGAGCGGAGGGCAGGAUUGGGGCGGGGCUCCUCAAGCAGUCACCCUUCAGUCUUGCCGCCUUGGAAGCUGGGGGGCUGGUUGGCCCCUCCCCAAGCAGGCCAGGGCCCAGCAGCUUGUCCCGCUGUCCCUGUGCAGCCCAUGGGUGCUAGGAUGUUGCCCUUGCUUGCAGACACCCCGGAAGCCAGAGUGACACAUCUGUUCACCUGCCACCCACUCUGCAAGCCAAUCUCAGUUGUUGUU